AUGUCGCCGGCCUCACUCCGUGAACGAUACACGAUUCUCGACCAGUAUCAUUCCCAGCGUGCGAAGAUCCGAGUGAUAUGUGCUGGUGCGGGCGUGACAGGCCUUUAUCUAGCAUAUCGCAUGCAGAAAGUGAUGAAAGAUUUUGAACUUCAAGUAUACGAGAAAAAUCCUGAGUGUGGUGGGACUUGGUACGAGAAUAACUAUCCUGGCUGUGCCUGUGACGUCCCUUCACACAAUUAUACAUACACCUUCCGACCGAACCCACGCUUCACCAGUUACUACGCAGGCUCGGCGGAACUGCUUGCUUAUUUCAAAGACUUUAAAGAUGAAUUUGGCUUGGACAAGUAUAUUGAAUACCAGUCCAAGAUCACGAAAGCCGUUUACAACGAGGACACUGGCACUUGGUCGAUCGAUAUCACCCGUGCCAAUGGCACAACCAAGAAGGAUUUUUGCCAUGUCUUCAUCAAUGCUUCUGGCAUUUUGAACCAGUGGAAAUGGCCCGAUAUUCCUGGUCGAGAGAAAUUCACGGGCACCAUGUUACAUUCUGCUGCAUGGGACCCAAACGCUGACUGGAAGGGCAAGAAAGUUGCCCUCAUUGGAACUGGAAGUUCGGCAAUCCAGAUCACACCAAAAGUGCAACAGACAUCUGAACAUCUUACGAUCUUUGUUCGUUCCGCUACGUGGAUCGCCCCUCAACUUGGGGGCCUAGUUUCCUUGGCCGCUGAUCCUGCCCAAGAAGGCGAUACUCCUGUCAACCGGAUUCUGCUCCGAGGAGCAAGACCGUUUCAAUUCACAGAAGAUGAAAAGAAGACCUUCGAAGAAAAUCCCAACCUUCUAUUGCAGCUGCGGCGUAAGAUGGAACUGCUCCUCUGUAAUAAUGUGGACAAUUUUAGGGUAGGAACCCCAGUCCAAAAAAAGACCGAAGCAUACAUACGAACUGCCAUGACUGCAAAACUUGAAGGCUUUGAUGAGCUCCAGAAAAAGAUGAUACCGAACUUCCCAAGUGGAUGUCGACGGUAUACUCCAGGUAAAGGAUAUCUCGAAUCUCUAUGUCAAGAAAAUGUGUCUGUUGUCUUCGACACAAUCAUGGAAUUUACUGAGAAGGGGAUCAAGACAGCAGACGACCAGGAACAUAUAUUUGAUAUGAUCAUUUGCGCAACUGGGUUCGACGUGGCUUUUGCUCCUUUCAUCGACAUCAUUGGCAGACAUGGUGUCAAUAUCAGAGAGUCGUGGAAGGACGAGCCCAAUGCCUACCUGGGGGUUGCAGCUCCGGGCUUCCCGAACUACUUUGUCGCUCUUGGACCUCGAGGACCCUGGGGUAAUGGAUCCAUCAUACCAGCUAUGGAAAUAAACGCGGAUUACUUCAUCAAGAUGAUGGAAAAGAUGCAAAAGCAAAACAUAAAGUCGUUUGAGGUGAAACAAGAAGCCGCUGAUGAUUUCUGUGAGCAUGUAGACGAGUGGCAUAAAGGAUCUGUAUGGGGACAAGCGUGCCGAAGCUGGUACAAGAAGACAAGAGAUCCAUUGUCAAAACCUUUAUUAUGGUGUGGAAUGUCCCCUUCAUAUUACAAAACAAUGACAGAUGUGCGACUCGAAGACUACAACUGGGAGUAUGAGAACCGCAACCGCUUUGCUUAUCUCGGGAAUGGUAAGAUUGAAGCCGAUACCUACAACCCACGGGAGAGGCUGGACGCUAUCACUACAUACAUUCGUAACGCAGAUACCCCGUGGACGCUUGAGUAG